GAAUUGUGAAAAAUGGAAGUCAGUGGUACAGAGAGCGAUACAGACCAAGAAGAAGAGGAGAAAACUGAAGAAGCUCAAGAAGACCCCAUUUAUGCCAUUGCACCCACAACUAACUUUCGAGAUGAGCGGUUUGUUGAUUUAUCUACAAGUCCAGCUUUUGUUUCUCUGCACGAGUUACACGCUAUGGGGAAACUUCCUGGUACACGAAUGGCAGAGUUAAAGGCCAAGUACACUCUACUGCAUGACACUGUGAUAAGCACGCAGGAGUCGGAGGUCCAACUACUCCAGGAUGCCAAACGUUUCACUGCACAGUUAGAAGAACAGCAGUUUCACCUGCAGCAAGCAGAUAAUUUCCCAGAGGCUUUCAACACAGAGGUCUCCAAAAUGAGAGAACAACUCCUCAAGUACCAAAACGAAUACAAUGCAGUGAAGGAAAGAGAGUGUCACAACCAGUACAGAUUAAACAGCUUAAUGGAAGAAAAAAGCCUCAUAUUAAAGGAAUUUGAGAAAAUACCUAAGCCGGGAGAGAUGGAGAAGAAGAUGAAAAUAUUGAGAGAAAGCACUGAAGAAUUACGUAAAGAAGUAAUGCAGAAGAAAUUAGAGAUUAAAAAUUUACGAGAAGAUUUGAUGUCUAAGCAAAAACAAGCACUAAAAGAGCAGAAAGAACUAGAAGAAUUGUUGGAAUACCAGAUUGACUUAAAGGAUGACGUGGUCCACAAUCAGUCUAUUCCUGUACAGAUUGGAAAAGAGAUUGAAAAAAUUACACGCAGAAAAGUUGAAAUGGAAAAGAAAAAGAUGGUCUUAGAAUGUGAAGUGAAGGAAAUAAAUGACUCCCUAAAGAAAAUUGAAAAUAAAAUUAACGCUGUAAUAGAGGAGAAAGAGGAUGUAAUUAAAGAAGUUGAAGGAAAACGAGCCUUACUUGAAAUAAAGGAACGAGAAUACAAUCAAUUGGUCAAACUCUUGGAAUUAACUAGAGAGAAUGAAGCAGCUUCACUAAGUGAAAGAGGCAUCUUGGAUCUCAAUCUGCAAAACUGUCUCAUUGAUAAGCAGAGCUGCCAUGAUGAACUUUCUCGUAAGCAAAGAGAAAAGGACCGAGAUAUUCGGAAUUUAAAGAAGAUGGAGCUGCUGCUGAAAGUGUCUUUGGAUACACUUGCUCAAACUCAAGCGAUGCAUCAAAGGCUUAUGUUAGAGAUGGAUGCUUUCCCUAGAGAUGACACUGCAUUGUCUGACAGAAGGAGAGAGCUCCACAAGGAAGUGGAAGCAGCCAAGAGGAACUUGGCCCAGCAGAAAGUCUUAACAGAAGCAGAAUCUAAGUUGGUAGAACAGCAACUUGCAGAAGAAAACAAGCUUGUAAAGGAGCAAGAAAACAUGAAAGAUCUUCUAUUCAACCUUGUCCGAAUGACUCAAAUCAAGCUUGAUGAAAAAGAGCAAAAGUCCAAGGAUUUCCUGAAAGCUCAGCAAAAGUAUUCGAACAUCCUUAAGGAAAUCAAAGCAAAGGAUCUUGAAAUCAGAAUACACAGGAAGAAAAAACAUGAAAUUUAUCGAAGACUCAGACAGUUUGCCAAAUUGUAUGAUAGUGUUCGAAAUGAGAGAAAUAAAUUUGUUAACUUACUUCACAAAGCUCACCAGAAAGUAAAUGAAAUUAAAGAGAGGCAUAAAAUGUCAUUAAAUGAACUGGAGAUUUUAAGGAAUAGUGCAAUUACUCAAGAAAGGAAGCUGCAAAAUUCCAUGCUGAAGCAUGCCAACAACGUUACUGUCCGGGAGAGCAUGCAAAACGAUGUGUGCAAAAUUAUCGCAAAACUCCAGGGGAUGAAAGAGAAGAAGGAGAUUCAGUUGAAUAGCAUUGACAGGCUGGCCAGUAUGAUCACAAUGAUUGAGGAGGAGAUGGUGCAGCUUCGCAAAAGAUAUGAAAAAGCCGUGCAGCACCGAAAUGAAUGUGGUGUUCAGCUGAUAGAGCGAGAAGAAGAAGUGUGCAUUUUUUAUGAAAAAAUAAAUAUCCAAGAGAAGAUGAAACUAAAUGGAGAGAUUGAAAUACACAUCCUCGAAGAAAAGAUCCGAUUCCUGAAACUGAAGAUCGCAGAGAAGCAAAGGCAGAUUCACGUCACAGAGAAAUUACUGCCUACCAAGAGCGCGCUGGAUGCCGACCUGGCGGUGCUCCAGAUUCAGUUUUCACAGUGUACAGACAGAAUAAAAGACUUGGAGAAACGGUUUGUAAAUCCUGAUGGUAAGAACAGAACCCGCCUCCUUCCAGGGAAAGAUCUGACUAAAGAACAAAUGAUGAAAAAAUUAGAUGAGUUGGAACUACAGCUGGCCAUGAAGGAGGAGAAGUUACUGGAGAAGGACUUUAUCUAUGAGCAGGUGUCCCGGCUCACAGACAGACUCAGCAGUAAAACUCAGGCCUGCAAGCAGGACACGCUCCUCUUGGCCAACAAGAUGAAUGACUACCAGAAGAAGAUCAAAGAAGCUACUGAAAAACUGAUGGCUGUCAUUGCUGAGCUGUCCAUGAGACAAGCCCAGGUCCUGGAACUCCAAAGGGAAGUCAGGGAGAAGGAAGACUUCAUCUACUCUUGCAAUUCCAGGCUGGAAAAGGGUCUACCACUCAAUAAAGACAUCGAGAAAGAGUGGCUGAAGGUGCUUCGAGAUGAGGAAAUGUAUGCAUUGGCCCUUGCUGCAAAGUCUCAGGAGUUGUCUGAAGAAGACAGUCGCCAGCUCCCCAGUGGUGUUUACACAUCUGCGGAACAGCGUCCCAAUGCCUACGUCCCCAAAGCGGAUGGCACUCUGCCUUUGCCGAAACCAUACGGUGCCCUGGCUCCUUUCAAACCCAGUGAACCCGGGUCCAACAUGAGGCACAUAAGGAAACCUGUUGUAAAGCCAAUUGAAAUCUGA